GGAGAGUUUCGUGCGGAUAAGCGCAGCUAGUGGACCGAUUUCAGGCACCAUGCAUUACAUCCUGCGCCCUCAAGUGUUCUCCAUCUGGAUUACACUUAUCUCUGGAGCCACGGCCGAGCUGACAUGUGACACCCUGCUGUUGCUCACCACCAACCUCACAGCACGCACUUUAAUACUGUGGAACCAGACCAGCUUCAGCUCUAGUAAUACAACAGGUUUGUUCUGUAAUAUAUCAGUUGAUGGCAUUGGGACUUGUUGGCCCAGAAGCAGCGCAGGUGAGGUAGUAGCCCGGCCGUGUCCUGAGACCUUCCUGGGUGUCCGCUACAACACCACCAAUAAUGUCUACAGAGAAUGUCUCUCAAAUGGAACGUGGGCAAAGAAAGGGAACUAUUCUCAGUGUCAGGAAAUCCUCAAUGAAGAGAAAAAAAGCAAGUUGCACUACCACAUUGCAGUGAUCAUAAACUACCUUGGUCAUUGCAUUUCUCUCGCAGCGCUUCUAGUUGCCUUUAUUCUCUUCAUGAGGCUGAGGAGCAUCCGAUGCCUGAGAAACAUCAUUCACUGGAACCUGAUUACAGCAUUCAUACUGCGCAAUGCAACCUGGUUUGUAGUGCAGCUCACUAUGAACCCAGAAGUCCACGAGAGCAAUGUGAUCUGGUGCAGGCUGGUCACUGCGGCGUAUAAUUACUUCCAUGUGACCAACUUCUUCUGGAUGUUUGGUGAGGGAUGCUAUCUGCACACAGCCAUAGUCCUGACCUACUCCACUGAUAAACUCAGGAAGUGGAUGUUCAUCUGCAUCGGCUGGUGUAUUCCGUUUCCCAUUAUCGUCGCAUGGGCCAUUGGUAAGCUCUACUACGACAAUGAAAAGUGCUGGUUUGGGAAGCGAGCUGGUGUUUAUACUGACUACAUCUACCAGGGGCCGAUGAUCCUCGUUCUUCUGAUCAACUUUAUUUUCCUUUUCAACAUAGUAAGGAUCCUGAUGACAAAAUUAAGGGCGUCUACCACGUCAGAAACUAUCCAGUACAGGAAGGCAGUAAAAGCCACUCUGGUUCUGCUGCCACUUCUUGGCAUCACGUACAUGCUGUUCUUCGUCAACCCUGGAGAAGAUGAGAUAUCCCAGAUCGUCUUCAUCUAUUUCAACUCUUUUCUUGAGUCUUUUCAGGGUUUUUUCGUCUCCGUGUUUUAUUGCUUCCUGAACAGUGAAGUGCGUUCCGCUGUCCGGAAACGCUGGCACCGCUGGCAGGACAAGCACUCGAUCCGGGCACGGGUCGCACGCGCAAUGUCCAUUCCCACCUCACCCACCAGGGUCAGCUUCCACAGCAUAAAGCAAUCGUCUGCUGUCUGA